UUUGCAGAGCGUGGUGGGGCGCGGCGGGCAGCAGGUUAAGCUGGUGACUACCAGGUUGAAGCGCUGACCACGCCUGACAACACGAGCAACGAUGAAACCCCACCAACUCGCCCUCACGGCAGCGGCAACGCUCGUCGCCGGCGCUUUUGUCAGGUGGCUGCUGGCGGACGACGACGACGAGAAGGAUGACGAAGCGGCGCACCGAAAACAAGCGGCGCUGCGCGCGCGGGCCCGCGAAAUUAAAGCGCAAAAAGCCAUGGCGCGGCGGCCGAAGCGCGCGCGGCCGACGGCCGCCAAACGAUUACAACAAAACAACGCGCUGGCCGUGGCCUACGGCGGGUCGCAGGAUGCCGUGGACGUGGCCGCGCGCGCGCUGCGGGCCGCCGAGGCCGCGGCCCGCGAGCGGCUGGACGCAGCGCUCAAGGUUUACGACGGCCUUUCGACGGACGCGCCGGAGAUCGAGGUGGACCUCGCGUGGUGGGAGCUCAUGGACGCGCGCCAGCGGCGGAGUCUGGGGCGGCAACUCGCCGACACGGUCGCGAAGUGUCGGCGGGCGCUCAAGCCGACGAUCGUGACGCUGUCGUCGUAUACGAACGAGCCAAAGGCGCACCUCGAGGCGAUCGGGUCCGCCAAGUGGCCCGUGGUUCGCGACGCGCGCGACACGUGGAAGCGGCGCCGGGAACGCACGGCGCGCGUCGUCUACCUCACGCCGGACGCCGACGAGGCCCUGGAGGGGCUCGAGGACGGCGUGACGUACGUCGUGGCCGGGCUUGUAGAUAGACCCGUGCGGAAGAAUUGUACGCGGGACGCGGCGAAUUUACACGGCUGCGAAGUGCGGCGGCUGCCGCUGCGCGAGUUCCGAGGUGCUAUGAAGCGGCGGCGCGAGGGCAUCCUGAACGUGGACGUCGUCGUGCACAUUUUGUUGCGGUACCGGGACAAUGGCGGCGACUGGGCCGAGGCGUUGCAAGCGGCGCUCCCGGACGGGAAAGCGACGCCGCACCGGCUGCAGCCCCGGCGCAUAGCCGUCGUGACGCCGCCCCGGACGCCGCCUUAGAGUCAGCAGUAAUAAAUUACGGGAGAUGAAUUGU